UGCACUUCUCAGGGAACGGAAUCCCUGGCAAAUUUAUCUUCCUCUGUGGUCCUCGCCAGUGUACAAAGUCCUGAAUUAUAUAUGAACCCUCGGCGUCCCCGAUAAUCUACGUUCGGACAAUCUAUCACUGUUCCAAGCUGGCAUCUUCAAACUUUAAGUCCGAAUGGAGAGAACGAGUAAGUCCAUUUGGAAAGACUGAAUUUCCUGACUAAUGAAGGCGUUUACAGAGAUGUUGGUAUGGUCGCAGCGCGUAUCAUUGUCCCGGCGCCAUCUGAUGCUUCGUAACAAUGACAAAGCAAACGCUGAUUUAUCGGGAAAUGACUGUUAUCCUUCGUAAGACGUUUUAGAGCUAUUAUUGCUUAUAACCCAAACUAAAGUUCCUUCUGCAGAAAGCAAUGUCCGAGCUGAUCACACUAUACGACGUCCCGACCAAAGAUGCUGAUGCACCCGGCUCAGCAACGACAUGGCGCACAAGGUAUUCCCUCAGCAUCAAGAACCUGAAACUUCCAAGUCGUCUGGGUCGAGCUUCCCGACUGUCGAAGCUCUUAGCAAUACGUAUCAGGAGCUCCUCCCACUGGCGUCAAACCCGACGGAAAGUCGCCAUUCUACACUAUACCCAUCAUCCAGGAUCCCUCUACUGGCGCCGUGAUAUCAGAGUCCGCCGCCAUCGCAGGAGUACCUCGACAAAACCUACCCCACGUCCGGACCGGACACUCAUCCCUGCGGGAACGAAGGUUCUGCAGCUCGCGUUCCGCGAUGCCGUAGCGGAGAGCUUCGUCCCGACGCGUCCGUUCUUCUGGAGCGGAGAUAUAUUGAAUGAUGCAACAAGAUUAUACUUGCUCAAGAGACUGGAAGGACUAGGUGUAGUCGUGAAGGCUCUCGAGGGAGAGGAGAGGGAGAAGCAGUGGGCGAAGGUACAGGUAGGCCUAGGCAAGAUUGACAAGUGGCUCCCGAAAAGACUCGGAGGGCUUUGA